UUAAACCAGCCAAACUUCUCUCCAAGAGGUGUCAUGAUCAGGAAGAGACUGGGCCUCCCAGUGAAAGUUUACUAUGACACAUUAAUAUACAGACAGACCACAAAAGAGUUCCUCACACUGCAUGUUUACCUGGUCCCACCUGAUCAUGAUGUACAACAGACAGUGGAGAGAAAGGAGACAUCCUACGGAUCAAUAAUAAUCCCUAAACCAAACCCUGACAAGUCUCUUGAAAUGCAGGAUCAUUUCCUCCUGACAGCAAACAUGAACACUGCUGAAAUCAAUCCAGAUAAACUGAAGCUGCAAUAUGACAGGAGGAACUUCUUUGAGGUGUUCAUCAGGAAUGCAGAAAGUGACUUCAGCCUGACACUCACAAGCAAGCAAAAGAAAAACGGCAGAGAGGAUACAGUCUGGACCUGCACAAUUAGAAAAGGAGACUACAUGAAUGAGUCUACACAUGAAGAAGAUCAGCAUUUCGUGGACCGCUACCGGCCUGCCCUGGUACAGAGAGUGAGGAAGACUGGAGAGCUCCUUGAUAAGCUCUUAGUAAAAAAGUGGAUCUCACAAGAACAGUAUGACACAGUGAGAGCUUUGAAGACAUCCCAAGAGCAAAUGAGAGAGAUUUUUCAAGUUGUGACUUCAGCAGGCAAGCGAGGAAAAGACACUCUCUAUGAGAUCCUGGAAAAGGCCGAGAGGAAUUUAAUAGAAGAUCUAAAAAGGUCCACAUAAUGCAGCAAUGUGUGAAUCUAAGUACCACCAUG